CAAAUGGCCGUACCUGCCGGUUCAAGGUUCUUCUUCAACGGUUGGCCUCUACGAAGCCAAAGUAUUGUGCUUAGGCGGUGAGUUUUCUGUGUUAACUUCAAUUUUCUGUAAAAUUUCACGUCAGUGUGAUGUGCGCCCCCAGAAUCUGAGGUUAUAUUCGCCAUGUCUGCAGGAGCAACUUUGUGUCGGCCUUGGCCGCGUAUCUUUUUUUCCUCUUUAAAACACAUUCGUUUUUGUUCAUUGUUUCUACUGGUGAAAUUUCAAAUUGAAAUCGGAUUGGUUUCAAUUGCUUAACUGUGCUGUGUUAGAGAAUGUGCUGAGAGACUCCCCUGAACAUUGGUGAACAAUGAUAAGUCUUUCAACCCCUUCAUCUGUCAUAAUUUUAAAUCAUUUUUUCGUUGUUGCAGUUGAUCUAGAUGACUUAAAACAAGAAUCAAAAACGAUUGGUGUUAAAAUUACCAAUAGUAUGAUCAAAGAUUUUGAAACAAGAGACGGGGAGAAACAAAGCAAGGUAGAUCAAAAGACGCCCAAAAAAUCUUCUCGAGGCAGACCUAUUAAGACAUCUGCAUCAGCUUUAGAGAAAGCUGCUGACAGUAGUGCUGACCGUGCUGCGCCAGAUCCUCGGAUGUCCAAGAAGAAAAAGAAGUCUUUAGCUGCUGAAGAAGCUUCCAGAGAUAAGCGGCAACAGAAGACCCUGGCAAAAUAUGAUGACCAAGUAUUGUUCAGAUCUGAUGUACCCAGAUCGUCAAAUUCGAAGUCUCAGCAGCAAGACUCAGCAACUGACUCGGAGUCAGCCAAUAGUAAACAGACCACUAUCAAGGCAAGAGAAACUGAUUUGACAUCUGUUAAACAUUCUCCUGGAAAACCUACCGGCUUGGGUGCAUUAGGGGAUCAAUCAUUUAAAUAUUCUCCGAUGGGGAAGUUUUUGAAUGCUAUUGAUGAAUGCGGCUCCUGCGAUGAGGAUUUAAAGGAAAGGUCUGCUGUAAUUGUCAAAAGUGAACCAACAUUGACUGAGUCUCCUAGUGAGAAAGUUUUGAUUAAAACUUUAAAUUCUUCACCAGGGAAGCAGACUUCGACCAGCAGCCUUUCGACGUGUUCUUCAAUUGUGCCUAAGAAUCGUCGUCCUAAGGGGACCCAUAAAAAAUGUGAUUCCUCAACAAGUAAUUCCCAAAGCUCAGAGCAGUCUGGCUCAGAGACUGAUGCUGAAAAAGAACUUUACUACAAUAAAAUGAGGAAGUUGGAAUCAGAAUUGAAACGAGAAAAAUCUAAAACCCGUUUACUUCAAAAUACGCUGGAAAGUCUUGAGGAAACUGUCAAAACUCAACAGCGCACUAUCAAUGGGUUGAAAGAAGAUUCUCAGCGGUACUCUAAAGUGAAUUUAAAACUGACUGAGAGACUUGUAAAUGCCCUCUCCACUAACAGUGCUACAGGGAAGAGUAAAGUUAAAAGAUCAAUCCAGUUUGAAUCGCCAGCAAAGGGCUUUUCUGUCCAAGAUUCUGCUGAACUGUCGGACAGCAUGCCUAGCAGCCUCCCUGAACAGCCAGAAGAUUUAGAAUUUGAGAGCCCUGCUCCUGCUGGCAAGAAACCUAAAAAAUUUGAUAUGACCCCGUCUCCAGUAAAAUUAGAAAAUGAGAGCGCAGAUCGAACCGCGUUCAGCCUACUAUUUUCACACGGGGAGUUGCAGAAAGAGCAGCACGACCAGGAGCUCAAGCGGAAUCAGCUUCUUGGCGGCCACGGGAUCAAAGAUCCGCUGCCAGCCAUCCAGAAGCGGAACCACGGCAUGAUUGAGCCGAUGGCUGUAUAUCAGGGACGAGCGCCUGAGCAGGUACAUAUAGGUAAUGGAGUAUGGAUUCCUGAAAAGAGUUGGAAUGAGAAGAUAAGAAAGGCAACAGUUAGUCCCUCAAUUGCUCUGAGAGAUGCAAUGGCUAAUGUAUACUCGUCAAGUGAGAUGGCAGAGCGAUCCCUAGGAGGAGGCACGCCUGUGAAGGCUGGACCUGAUGGAGUGAAGACUAAGAAAAAGAAGAUGACUCCCCACAAGAGGGAAGCUUUCUUAGGAUUGUACAGAGGCAAAACGGCUGCUUCAUCUGGGAGCACUGACAAAUGUUUCCUUGAUUUGUCGGUUAGCAAGAAGGGUAGAGACACUAUUAAAUACAAGCUGAAGGAAGCUUCUGUUGAUAAGAAUGGCAAAUCCAAACCUUCAAGCCAUAAGUCACCUACUUCUGGCUCCAAACCUUCAAGCUCCAACAAAUAAUUCUUAUAUGACCUCUAUUAUUUCUCCAACGCCUGACUGACUAUCUUUUAAUUGUUCUUAAUUGACCCAUGGUGACUCCUAACAUUUAUUUUAGUUUUGUUAAUUUAGCGAGAUUUUUUUUAGUUGAGUCAUUUUGGA